AUGCUUACAUCAAAUAUUUUAAAAGGUGUAACAAAAGGUUUUCCAUUGAAAAUCAAAGCUGUGAAGGUGGAAAAUGUUUCAGUGGAUUAUAAUCGUGAUUUUGUAGCUCGUAUUCUACAACGUAUUGAAUAUGGUGCAUUACAAUCAGCUGUUAAAGAUCUUGGUUUGAAUGAAUCAUUGCCAGAGACAAUGUCGGAUGCAAUGCAACAAGAUGAUGAAUUUCUUAAAUUAAUGCAUAAAGUUUUACUUGAAUAUGAAAUUGAAGAAGGUGAACUUAUAUGUCCAGAAACAGGUAGAAAAUUUCCAAUCUCCAAAGGUAUACCGAAUAUGUUAUUACAAGAAACAGAAGUAUCAUAA